CCAAAAAUGUUUAACAAUUUCGGACAAAUUAUUAACCGUGUAUGCCGCUGUGACCCAGGUGACGAUAGCCACGAUCAGAUGACGGGCAGGCAAUGGAUCUCCAACCACGAAGUUUUGGUGUCCCGGAUGUGCACUGGAAACGAGGAUGCGCAAUUGAGGUUAAAAACGUUCAACAAUUUCGGCUGGUUUAUCUGGCAUAAAUGCAACUGCAAUUCCGAGCUUUUGACAAUACACGAACUAAAUAACUAUGGAACUAUAGUGAACUGUAAGUCAACGUGCAGGCAAAAAGUUCCCGUACAAAUCUCCCCGCAGAGUUUGCAUUAUGCUGGGAGUCCGGGCCAUCAGGCCACUCUGGCUACUACGCCAAAUUCGCUGACUCAUCAGCAGUUGAAUGGGUCCCAUGAAGUCGUUAGCCCAAGGCCACCACGAAACUCAUCGAUUGCCAUCUCAAAUCUGCAGCCGCAAGCCCAAGAAAUCUCCUUGCCUAGACCUGUGGAAAUAUCUCCAAUAGGUCAACCAAACACUAUGACCACCCGAAGACUAUGUGGAUCUUGUAGAAUUUUGGAAAAUCUUCCGAAACUAUCGGACAAUCAUUCUUUCCAAAAUCAACAACCGCAGAUAAAUUCUGUGAUGAACAAGGAAAAUCAUGAGCAGCCCAGUAGCAAUCCAAUCUUCCUAAAGAGAAAGGCGGAGUCUUUCGCAUCUCAAGAAAAUCCAGCCACACGUCAGAAAGUGGAGUCAAUCAUGAAGUCACCGGAAAAUCGAUCAACGAUGGAGAGCCCAAAACCAACGAAAUUUCAAAAUUUUAAAACCAAUAGUUCGAAUGUGCAGAUUCGAAUUAUUCCACAGUCAACGACCCAGCAGCAGAUGAAAUCGCGAAACAUUGCUACCAAUAGCCACUUCUUAAAAAUACUCCCGAAGCCUUCAAUGGCAUCUUCAGUUUCCCAGAAUAAUAGUCAAUACUUGGGGUCUUGGAUUAAGGUUAAAAAUCCUCACUUACCGGAAGCAACAACUGUUGCCAAAUCUGGAAAGACAAAGCUUUCGUUCCUCCAAGAGGAUUCCUACCAAAAAGAUAUGCAUAAACGACAUCACCACUACUACAGAAGAAGACUUCUAAAACGUUGGAUUCUCAGGAAAUUCCACCAAAACAUCCUACGGUUGCUAGCUCAGACAAACAACAAUUAG